GUUUUGACAGUAAAGAAAGAAAAGCAACAUCUGUGAGCCUAUAGAUUUUAAUCUAUGUCAGUAUGAAGUUUCAUAAUUCCAUUAAACCGUUAAGAUCCAGCUUUUAAAUUAUGGCAGAUAGAAGUGGAAACUCUCAUUAUCGACACUUGAGUUCAUAUGGAAUAUAUUUCUCCAAACAUAGAAGAGGAAACUCUCAUUAUCGACAUCCCUAAAUCUCAGCGGCGCAUGUUGAACAAAGUGCUGGUGCAAGUGCGACGUGACAAGACGCACAUUUAUGAGCCAGCAGUUGUUUCGCUCGGCCCAUACCACCACCGUCGGGAUCCACAAUUGCAUCUGAUGGAGCCAUUCAAGGACGAGCUACGAGAUAUUGUUUGCGGAGGAGACGCAGACCAUAAAAAAUCCCAUCUGCGUAAGAUACAUGAGCAGAUAGAUGAAAUUCGUCAUUUCUAUGGCGGAGCCGAUGGCUACACUGACGAGGAAUUGGCUGAAAUGAUGCUCCGCGACGCUUGCUUCCUCAUAUGCUAUUUGCAUGGAUGUGGCAUACAUGGGAAUAGAACUGAUAUCCAAAUGAGUGAACGCAUGGGAGUGUCUGCUAUGUUGUUCGUGUCACGUGAUAUAUUGAUGCUGGAGAAUCAGAUUCCAUUAUGGAUCAUCUCCUUAAUACACCCUCAAUACAAAUCAUUGUUGUGCCAAUACUUGAGCUACGCUUGUUAUGGGGAUUACAGUAUGACACAACUCCCAUGGACAGAAGAAGAAGAGCCUCUUCAUCUACUCGAAGCUUUGCGCCGCACUUCCCUUCGCCUCGUUAAGACCCAACAAAAUUCAAGUCUCUUUUGGCGGUUUAUCAAGAAAUAUAAUCAACCAUGGGAAUCAUCGAAGAACCUUACACCAAGUGAGUUGCAAGUGUUGGACAGUCCUUUUCGGUCGGUGACAGAUCUGAUAGCAAAGGGUAUUCAUCUGCGGAAGAGUUCAUAUUGUUUGACCGACAUCAGCUUCUUCUCCUUCGGCUUGUUCGCUCAACUCCGCCUUCCUGUCUUCUUGAUCUCUGACGCAGAUAUCGUGGCCUACUCCAAUCUUAUUGCACUGGAGAUGUCGCCGGGAACAUACACAGACUUUGGCGUGACAUCUUACUAUAAUUUCAUGAAAACGUUGAUCAUCAAUAUUAAUGAUGUAAAGGUCCUGCGGGAGAAAGGCAUACUGUUCAGCAUGUUGGCAAGCGAUGAAAAGGUGCUUCAUAUAUUCAAAAGCAUCGAUACCUAUGGACACUCAAACUUUGGUCUUUUUUAUGAGGUGAAGAUGAGGAUUAAUGAGCACUGCAACAGCAAAGCCAAGACAUGGAUGGCCGAGCUCUGCAAUACCAAUUUUCGGAGCCCAUGGACUGUUAUGGCUCUCGCCGCCGCCACAUUUCUGCUUUGCCUCACUUUUCUACAAACGUACUACACAAUCAAUCCACGCAACUAAACAAUUCCAUUUGAUUCCACCUUCUGCUUCAUGUAUGUUUAUUGCUACUUGAUUUCACCUUGUGUUUCAUGUAUGUCUUUUAGGUUAAUUACUAUUUGUAAUGUAAGUUAAGUUGAAAGUCAAACUUAGCUACUAUCAUGCUAUAAGAAAAUAAUUGUGGACUAUUUGUUUUUA